CGUUAAAAAAUGCUAACAACUCCCUAACUACACACUCUAAUUACUCUUAUUAUACAGUAAUGUAAUGCAUGUGAAUUUCUCUAAUCAUUUUAAUCAGUGUAACAAAUUUGACUUAAACCAAGAAAAAAUUUGCAUCAUACAAAUAUUGGACCGUCAGCCAGAAAAAGUAAAGAAAAAAAAAACUGUCCCUCCAUUUCUGAAUUUCUCUGAUUCUGUCUCUCCCCUUGUUCUUCGGGAGAGAAGAAGAAGAAUCCACCAUCCAAAACAUCAACAGAAAUUUGUAAAUGGCGGCUACCCAUUAUGAUCAACGGUCUAGAUCUUCUAGACAGGUGACCUCCAUUCAUGGCUUUGCUCUCUCCGGUGAUCUUCCCAGUUUCCAAAAGCUUCUUCGUGCCAACUCUUCUCUUCUCAAUGAAAGAAACCCUGUUAUGGCACAGACUCCACUCCAUGUUUCUGCUGGCAACAACAGGGCUGAGAUAGUUAAGGUUCUGCUUGAUUGGCAAGGACCGGAGAAGGUUGAAUUGGAAGCCAAGAAUAUGUAUGGAGAAACUCCUUUACACAUGGCUGCAAAGAAUGGAUGCAAUGAAGCUGCACGGUUACUUCUUGCCCACGGUGCUUUCAUUGAAGCCAAAGCAAAUAAUGGGAUGACUCCAUUACACCUUGCUGUUUGGUACUCGAUCAGAUCAGAUGACUACUCAACUGUUAAGACAUUGCUCGAGUAUAAUGCGGACUGCAGUGCUAUGGAUAAUGAAGGCAUGACUCCUACGAAUCAUCUCUCACAAGGUCCAGGAAGUGAGAAGCUGUAUCAGCUUUUACAGUGGCAUACUGAUCAGCAGAGAAAGAAGAAAGCGCUUGUAGCUUGUUGUGAAACAAAAGCUAAGAUGGAAGAACUUGAAAAUGCAUUAUGUAACAUAGUGGGGCUGCAUGAACUGAAGGUACAACUAAGAAAAUGGGCGAAGGGUAUGCUUUUGGAUGAGAGGCGCAUGGCCCUUGGGCUAAAAGUGGGAGUGAGAAGACCACCUCAUAUGGCUUUCUUGGGGAAUCCCGGAACAGGGAAGACCAUGGUAGCUCGAGUACUUGGAAGAUUACUUCAUCUGGUGGGAGUUUUACCCACUGACAGAGUAACAGAAGUACAACGUACGGAUUUGGUUGGUGAAUUUGUCGGUCAUACUGGACCAAAGACUAGGAGAAAGAUUAAAGAAGCAGAGGGAGGAAUCCUGUUCGUUGAUGAAGCAUACCGGCUUAUACCCAUGCAGAAAGCAGACGAUAAGGAUUACGGAUUAGAAGCCUUGGAAGAGAUAAUGUCUGUUAUGGACAGCGGAAAAGUUGUAGUCAUAUUUGCUGGAUAUAGUGAACCAAUGAAACGAGUAAUAGCUUCAAAUGAAGGCUUCUGUAGAAGGGUGACAAAGUUCUUUCAUUUUGACGACUUCACUUGCGAAGAUUUAUCCAAGAUCGUCCAUCUUAAGAUGAAUAAUCAAGAAGAAGAUAGUUUGCUUUACGGAUUCAAGUUACAUUCAAAAUGCAGUAUAGAUGCUGUUGCGAAGAUAAUAGAGACGGAAACUUCAGAAAAGCAACGGAGGGAGAUGAACGGAGGUCUAACAGAUACAAUGCUCGUUAAUGCUAGAGAGAGUUUGGAUUUGAGGCUUGAUUUUGACUGCGUAGAUAUGGAUGAACUGCGGACCAUCACCUUGGAGGAUUUAGAAGCCGGUCUUCGGCUGUUCUCACAUUAAUUAAAAGAGGACGAAGAUCUAUUACACAUUUUCCUUGUAGCUGUUCAUGAUUAUACAUGGAAAUGGAUUUCCCUGUAAUAAUUUAAUUAGUUCAUUCAUUUGAUUGUUUAAUAUGUAGAUAUAGGAACAUCUUGUUGUAAGCACUAAACUUCGGCUUUCCCAUAAAUUUUUCUAUAGUAAUUCAAUAUUAAAAAUUUUAGAUUUC